CCGCUGCGGUGGCCGCUGGUCCUCGCGUUCAGGUUUUAUAUAGCCCGCGGGCGCACCCCCCCGCGCCGCCCCGCAGGAAUGUCGCUCCCCUUCUCGAGCCAUAUUUGGGUGUUGGGCACUAGAGCCCCCUCCCCCAGCCGGCUCGCGGCCUGGGCCCCCGCCCGGGUCCCCUGCGCUGACCAAAGAAGGAGCGGCCUGGCCCAAGCCCAGACCUGCAAAACCCCACACGCGGCUAGAAGGAGGAGGGAGCCAUGUCUCAGUGAUGCGACAGAGGGGAUGGGGGCAGGAGUCACACCCAGUGUCCUAGGAACGGAAGGAAGGAGACCCCGGAGCCCCUCCCCGCCAGUGAACUUCAUAUUCUCCCCCUCAACCCCUGAGGCCCCAAUUCAAGGGCUGACCCAAGUCGGCCCCCGCCCCCAACCGCGGAGAGGGCCACCGACGGCGGGAGGGCGCGCAGCUGUCGCGGCCCAGACAACUGGCGGCGGGAGGAGAGGACGGAGAGGCGGGGAAGAGGAGGCGGCGGCGCAGGGCUCCCGGGGACAGGCCGGGUCAGCGGCUCUGGCAGGGCCGGACACAAAGCCAGGGCACCGGGAGCGGUUCUCCUCAGUGACGUGCAGCACACCUGGGGGGUGAAGGAAUUGGGGGGGGUGUCCUCUUUCCCCAACCUGCCCCAGGUUGGGUGGGCCGAGCUGAGCCCCUAAGUCCCCACCUCCUUGGUUGGGCUAAGAGUGUCCCUGUCCUGGAACUGAAAGGCCAGGGUCACAAGACACGACCUGGUGGUGGAAUGGGUGAAGCGCCCUAAGUGAAACCUUGCUCGACCUCCCUCCCAGUAAGAAGGACAAGGACAUUGCACUCUAGGAUGGGUAGCGAUUUUUCCUUCUG